GUCACUGAUGACAGCUAUUUGAAAGUGUCAAAUGUCUGUCUUAACUUUGGACAUGGCAUCUAAACUGUGAAGUCUAAACUCCCAGAACCCAACAGUGCAGGAGUCGUGCCUUUUUCUUGACACUCUGCGACUGUGGAUGGCAGGACGUUGACUGUGCUGAGUGAUGGUCCUGGGCCAAGUCUUCAACAUGAGUCUGAUGGACAUUUCUAAGAUCUUCUCCCUGCUGCAGCCUAAAGAGGAGGACGAGGACGUUAAGUUGGGUCAGGCCUUAAAGGACGCAGUGAGCUGUGACGAUGUGGCUCUGCUUUCUGAGCUCCUGUCUCAGGGCGAUUACAGGAGGUCCAUUAAUGCUCGAAGCGGGUGGGGGAACCCGGUAACCCCCCUGCGCACCGCCGCUGCUCUGGGACACCUGCGCUGCCUGGAGCUGUUGCUGCAACAUGGUGCAGAGAUUGACAGCCUGGAUGUGAAGGCCCAGACGCCUCUGUUCACAGCUGUCAGUCGGAAACAUCGGGACUGUGUAGUCACUCUGCUCAAGGCUGGAGCCGAUCCUAACGGCAGCCAGCACAACAGCUGCUCCCCGGUGCUCACUGCCGCCCGGGAGGGCGACGUGGACGUGCUCCGAGAGUUGCUACAGUUUGGAGCUGAGGUGGAUGUCAAACCUAAAGUACCAGAGUGGGCUUCCAACGCCAGCACCUGCACAGGGCCCCUCUACAUGUCUGCAGUGUAUGGACACCUCGAUUGUUUCAGGCUGCUCCUUCUCCACGGAGCCAACCCGGACUAUAACUGCACCGAUCACAAGAUGCUGGCCAGAAUAAAGCAGCCAAAGACAGUUCUGGAAGCAUGCCUCCAUUACGGCUGUGGGGUGGAGUAUAUCCAGCUUCUCAUAGACUUUGGGGCAAAUGUGUACCUGCUGACACUCACCACCGAUAAGACAACAAAGCAGAAUGAAGCGGUGGCUCUGUUGCUCAAAGAAAGAGUUUGCCCCAAAACACUGAUGUCACAGGCCCGGCUAGCAAUCCGAAGAUACAUCCCCUUCAUUAACAAGGAGCCUGCUGUGGACAGUAUGGACAUUCCUCUGAUUCUGAAGAACUACUUGAAACACAUCUUGUCUGAUAACAUAUAAUGCUCAGGCUAGGACUGAUUCAUUCAGAUCCAUAAGUAAUUGGACAGUGGCAAUUGUUGUGAUUUUGCCUCCGUACAUCUCCUGGCCAGGGUUUCAGUUUAAACACAGUGAAGAUGUGUUUGUAUUGUAGACUUUCAGUUUGAAUUCAUGGGGUUUAACAAAAAUAUCAAACAAACCAUUUUGGAAUUACACUUUUAUACACAAUGCCUCCAUUUUCAGAGCCCAUAAGGGCGAGCUUAAUAUAACAAGAAUUCUUAUAUAGGCAAAUUCCAUAGUGUGGAGUUAGAUGGGAUGCCAGGACAACACAGGUUACUUCCCCAGCCAAAGCCGGGAACCCAUGUAGCCUGAAACAUACACCUAGAACUGAAGCCAGGUCUGUACAUUUGUAGUCCAACUCUUAGUCCCCAGAGCCCCCUGUUCUGUUCUCUUAAUACAAGA